GAGCACAAUUUCCUGCCGAAUCACUUCAAGCGUGAUUCAUUCUUUGGCGUCGUCAGGCCCUAUGCAAAUUAUGCGAAUGAACCAUUUCCGCCACCGCCACUUCCACCAACACCCCUUCCAAAGGCUAUCAAAAAGCUCACUACAGGUUUGAGAAUGCAACCUUCCCUGCAUUGUUUUAUCGGGUGUGUUGCUGGCAGAUGUGAUUCAAGCGCUGAGAUGUAUGCAGCAUCGACCGAAACAAGCUCCGACAAAAUUCCGUCAACUCCAGUGCCUUUUGUAAAAGCAGCUCAGAACAGUACAAUGUUGUCGGUGACAGUAGCAGUUGGUUCCGGCUUGUUAUUUCUGAAUAUUUGCAUCGGCCUUGGUCUGUACAGGCAGGUUCGUUCAGAUUUGCUACAAAAAGAAAGCGCGAAACUGUCGAGAGAAGAGACAAAAAAGAAGCUACAGCUGCAGUAUCAGACCUACGCAGUCAACCAUCAAACUGGCACAAACGACAUAAAUUAUAUGAAUAAUGCUGGUGGGCAACAGUUAGGUUACCUGCCGCCACCACCACCGUCACUCAGUCAGUAUCCGCCGAUAACAAACUCAACAACCACGCCGCUCGAUUCAACAUCUUCAAAAGUGAACGAUUUUGAGCCGUGUCGCUUGGGUGCCUAUCAAAAUUAUGAUCCUGCACAUAACAGCGACACACUAACAACUAAGUGUAGCUUCCAGGAACAGGUACACAUCAUAUCCCUAAAAAUACACUUCUGCCGCCUAGACUUAAGGCAGAGACAGUGCAAUUGA